AGCAUUUCAUGGAUCGUUGCCGUCGUUAUCGCCGUGCUAAUUCUCCUCAUUGUGGCAAUUCUUGCCGUCUCAAUUGUGAUGCGGAACAAGGGCAAAACUUAUCUUCUUGAACGCGAGGAAAGAUUGCGUGGCAAUGAUCCGGAGAAAGAAUUCCGCGAUCGAGAUGCUUUUCUGGUUUAUGAACGAACGAGCGAACCACCAAUUCCUGGUUUGAAUCAGUCUCUUGAAGAUAUGUACCAAGAUGUUGGAAGUGCUGAUGAGGGCGAGCUGGACUACUAUGGAAUGGAUCCUGGAUAUCUGGGAUGA